AUGGUGGAAGAAAAGGACCCAUCCUCACUGUUGGAUCUUGCUAUACAGAGUUUACUGAGCAAUGAACCGGUUGCAAUUCAUUCCCUGGAGGAGAUCCCAAGGGAGCUUUUUAUUCCACUGUUCUCUGCUGCCUUCGUGGGAGGAUAUAGGAAGACACUGACAGCCAUGGUGAAAAUUUGGCCUUUUACCUGUCUCCACAUUGGAACACUGAGUGUGCAGGAACCCCAGCGUGAACUCCUGAAAGCCAUGGUAGAAAGUUUUCAGUUCCUACCUGUCCAGAAUUCAGCUUCUAGGAGCCCUAAACUGAGGAUCCUAGAUGUAAGGCAGGGUAUUGACUGCAGGACAACAUGCCCCGAAUUUGGUAUCAGAUCACCUACUUGCUUUCAUGGCUGUACUCACUCUGUACACUCUAUUCUGAAGUUAGAAAGCCAGUGCACCAUUGUAGAUUCAAGCCCUGAGAGUCAGCCCUCAAGGCAGCCUAUGGAAUUACUAGUGGACCUAUCCCUUGAUGGCACCUCGAGAGAAAGGGAAUUUUUUGCUUUGCUUCUGAAUAAAGUUGAGCAGAGCUCGGGGUCCUUGCACCUCUGCUGUCGAGAUUUGCAGAUUGAUAAACUGUCUGAGUAUAAAAAUACCCUCAGACUUGUGGAUCUGUUGUGUAUUGAACGCCUGGCAGUUGAUCAGGCUUCACUGAGUGAAGUCACUACCCUUUUGGCUCACAUGAUCUAUCUGGACAGCCUUAGUCUGUCUAAAAUCACUUGUAGGUCUUUGCACGGGAAAGUCUUCAGAGUGUUUCUCAGCUAUCUUGGGCGCAUGACCUGCCUGAAAGAGCUCAACUUGUCGUCCUUCAGCCUCACAGAUCAUCUGGCCAGCCUACUCAGAGCCUUGCCACCUAAUUUGGAUUUCUUGUAUCUGCCGUUCUGUGAUAUUUCUUACCGAGAUCUCAAAUUUCUGUCCCAGAGCCCUCAGGCCACCCACCUAAAACUGUUGAAUCUUAGUAACAACACAAUGUAUUGGGAUGACUGUGGGCCCCUUCAGAUUCUUUUGCAGAAGCUCUCAGAUACCUUGCAGCACUUGGCUAUAAAUCAUUGCCAUUUAACAGAUGCUGCGCUCGUGGCUAUCCUUCCAGCCCUAACUAAAUGUUCCCAUCUCCGUGUGAUUAGCUUUGUCUCUAAUCCCAUUUCGAUGCCGAUGCUUAUGAGAGUCCUUCAUUACUUAACACCCUUGAUGGAGCUGAAGUAUGUGAUUUAUCCUAUCCCUUUACAUUGCUAUGAACAAUGGCACGUUCAUGGCAGCUUAGAUCGACAGAAGCUUGCGGAUGUCCAAGCGCAACUGAAGGCGAUGCUACAAGCAGCAAAGCGGAGUGACAUGAACUGGAUUACUUAUUCUCAGUAAAUCUCCAAGUUCACCCCAGUUUCAACCCUAAUAUGUGACCUGUUAAGCAUUCAAUGUUCUUUUCUGAAGCUCCCAGAAUCAUAUGUAAGAUUCCUAUGUUAUAGAAACCUAUAGUUAAGAAAU